CCCUCACAUGGAUCACAGGUACAGGCCAGAGCCAGAGCCAGUGCCAGAGGUGUGUGUGGGAAGGCAGCCAUCAGCAUCGGAGAUUCGGAGGGAGUCAAACCCUUCUACACAGUCCACCUCACUCACUCGCGCCGCCCACUUUACUCCACUCGGCCCAUGCGCUGCCGCCGCCGCCGGUGACCGACCCCCAUGGGCUGCGUCCACGGCCGCCCCUCCGCCGUUCCUACUCCCGACCGCCCGCCUCCCGAGCCGAAGCCCGAGCAGGCGCCGCCGCAAGAGGGCGACAAGGGCGACCAGCCUGCCCCAGUCCCGGCCCCGGCCGAGAAGCCCGCCAGGAAGGAGAGGCGGUCCCGGUCGUCGCGCUCGGUGGCCGAGGCCCGUCUCGGCGGCAGCUUUGCCAACAGGGCACGCGGGGAGCAGGUCGCCGCCGGCUGGCCCGCCUGGCUCUCCGCCGUCGCGGGCGAGGCCAUCGACGGCUGGACCCCGCGUCGCGCCGACUCUUUCGAGAAGAUCGACAAGAUCGGGCAGGGCACGUACAGCAAUGUGUACAAGGCGCGGGAUACCGUGAGCGGCAAGAUCGUGGCGCUCAAGAAGGUGCGCUUCGACAACCUCGAGCCCGAGAGCGUUCGCUUCAUGGCCCGCGAGAUCCUCAUCCUCCGCCGCCUCGACCACCCCAGCGUCAUCAAGAUCGAUGGCCUCGUCACCUCUCGCAUGUCCUGCAGCCUCUACCUCGUCUUCGAGUACAUGGAGCACGACCUCGCCGGGCUGGUCGCCAGCCCGGAUAUUAAGUUCACCGAGCCACAGGUUAAGUGCUAUAUGAACCAGCUGUUGUCGGGGCUGGAGCACUGCCAUGACCGCGGGGUGCUGCACCGUGAUAUUAAGGGGUCGAAUCUGCUUUUGGAUAACAAUGGCAUGUUGAAGAUUGCAGAUUUUGGUCUGGCGUCAUUCUUUGAUCCGAGCCGUAAGCAACCGAUGACAAGCAGGGUUGUGACACUAUGGUACCGCCCACCAGAGUUGCUUUUGGGCGCGACCGAUUAUGGGGUGGGCGUGGACCUAUGGAGCGCGGGAUGUAUACUCGCCGAGUUGUUGGCUGGGAGGCCUAUUAUGCCAGGCCGAACCGAGGUGGAACAGCUGCACAAAAUUUUUAAGCUGUGUGGCUCCCCCACAGAAGAAUAUUGGAAAAAGUCGAAGUUGCCUCAUGCAACGAUAUUUAAGCCUCAGCAGCCAUACAAAAGACGAAUAACGGAUACAUUCAAAGAUUUUCCACAAUCCGCACUGCGGUUGAUUGAAACACUACUUGCCAUUGACCCGGCUGAUCGUUUGACAGCGUCCUCUGCAUUAAGAAGUGAUUUCUUUACCACUGAACCUUAUGCAUGCGAACCAUCGAGUCUCCCAAAAUAUCCCCCAAGCAAAGAAAUGGAUGCAAAGCGAAGAGAUGAAGAAGCCAGACGUUCAAGAGCUGCUGGUGGUAGACCUAAUGGUGAUGGAGCUAGCAAGGCAAGGACACGUGACCGGCCCAGGGGAGCUGCAGCUCCAGAGGCAAAUGCCGAGCUUCAAGUAAAUAUUGAUAAAAGGAGGAUAGCAAGUCAUGCAAAUGCGAAAAGCAAGAGUGAAAAGUUUCCUCCCCCGCAUCAGGAUGGUGCAGUUGGUUUCCCUUUGGGUUCUUCAAAUCAAAUGGACCCACUGUAUGAACCCCCAGACCCAACUUCCUUCAGCACUGUGUUUUCUCAUGAGAAAAGCUCCGUGCCUACUUGGUCUGGACCAUUGGUCAAUUCUUCCGCAGUUGGGAACCAAAAGCGGAAACACAAGUCCAGCCGCUCAUCAAAACAACCGUCCACUGCCCGUGCUCGGUAAGUUGCCGAGAAGUGGUACUUCUAGAGAAAACGAGUGUCCACUCCGCGCUGUUGCCUGCACAAUGUUUGGCAAACAAGGCGUGUGAUGAUAAAUUAAUUUGUCGCUUCAUGAAUUAUUUUGGUGCACUUUUUUCUCGUGGAAUCUCAUUGUAUAGACUGGGGAAGGAACUCAAGCAGUUACUUGUGUACAUUAGGUUCUCCUUUUUCUAUUCUUAUAAGCAGGUGCAUUUGAUGUUGGAUUCAAUUGGGUGGAAGCUUAGAUCUCUAGCAUUUCAGGACAUCCCCUUCCAUUGUAACACCUUUUACAGUUGAACCUAUAUGAUCAUUUCUCAUCAAUUCCAGUUGUAAUUUUGAACU